CUUUAAUUACCAAUCAUAAAACAGACAACGUAAAACUAAUCGACCAAUUAGAAUUCAGAAUAAUACUUUAUACAAAUAUUUACAUAAAAACUUCACUGCUGCUUUUCUACAUGUUUUAAUGCAACAGAAAAUACAGGAAAGCACAGUGGAUUUAACUUGUUGAGUCAAUUGGAAAGUAAAUGUUUCAGUAUUUUGAAAGAAAAAAUAAUCACUUAUUUUGUAAUUGACAUUUACUGUCUACAAAAAAAUAAAAACAACACAUGCGUAUGCAGCACAUAAGGCAUAGACAUAUAUUCCGACGCUAUAGCAUGUGAUCGAUAAAGAGAAGAACACUACUCACCAUGGGGCAAUAAAAUGUUUAUUUAUCCAAGAGAAAAUCUAGUGUACACUCUAGCAGCAGCAUUAUGCAUAGUUUACCCUUAUCUAGUAAUUUCAUUAUCCCACCUACUACUGCUCGUCAAUAUGACACUAAUACACACACAACAAAUGAGGCAUGAUCAAUAUAAUCUACCAAAAUCAAUUCUACAUAGAUCAGAGAAUUUUCAACCAUGUAUUGAACAAUCAGAUCCUGCAUAUCCAAUAGGUAAAAUGAUUAUAUGCAAUGAAGAGGCUACAUUACAAUUCGGUAAUCGAUUGCCAAUUAUUAUUACACAAUCAGAUCAUAGUAUUAUUAAUAAUAAUGAAUAUAUAAUCAGUACAAUAAUUAUUGAAGAUAAUCCAAAUAUUGAAAUAUGCUCAACAGGUACAUUCGCAAAUGUUAUGAUGAUGUCGCCUACUCCACUAACGACGACAACAGCAAUGCAUCCAGGAAGUAGAGUUGAACGUAAACUCCUGUUAACUGGUUUAUCCUUACAUAUCUUUCAACAUGGAUGUUUUAAAGGUUUGUCAGAAUUAAACAUUCUACAUAUUAAAAAUUAUCAAUCAACUACAGACAGCUUAAAAAAACUAUCUGGUAAUUUAUUUCAAGAGUUGAAACACUUAAAAAAUUUAAAAGUUUUACACCUAGAAAACAUUGAUUUAUCAAUUGGUAUACCACAGUAUGCAUUCUAUGGAUGGAUGAAUCAGCUGAAAGUGAUUACUCUAAUCAAUAAUAAUUUGAAUACAAUCCACAAUGAAGCCUUUCCAUCAAUAGUUGGCACAGAUAAUAAUAAUAAUAAUGGGCUGAGAGAAUUAAGACUAGAGAAACAAAACGAAGAUGGUUGGAAAUUAUUAGAGAAUUCAAAUCAAUGGGGAAGGUAUUUAUAUGCCCUAAGAGUAUUCAGUUUAGAAGGUACUAGUUUACGAAAAACCACAUCGUCAACAAACAUGAGAUUGAAUAAAAAUAUAAACAUGGUAAAAAUUGAUUUUGGCGACUAUGUGAAUAGACAUUUAGAAUAUUUAAAUGUACAGAAUUGUGAGUUAACUCAUCUAGUGAAUACUACUACAACAACGCCAAUAAUAAUAGAUAAUCAAUAUAAAAGUAGCGAUGAUUUGAUUGGAUUAAAUUUAAAUUAUUUAGGGGGACAAUUAAAACAAUUAUAUAUUGGUUAUAAUAAAUUUAUUGAUUUCAAUUUUUUACAUCAAAUUAAACACUUUCGUAAUUUACGUCUACUCAGCAUAAAUGGAAAUCAACUGCCUGUGGGUACAUUGCCUAGAUGGUUCAAUACACAAUGGCCGUACCUACAUGAAUUACAAAUCGCCUCAAAUGGUAUCACUUAUAUUCCAACUGAUACAAUAUCAAGCAAUUUAAAAGUAUUACAUCUGAGUGAAAAUCCCCUGGAAUUAUUCGAUUAUAAUUGGAUCCAACAGAAUGACGAUCUUCACGGUAGUGGUGAUUAUGAUGAUAGAGAGAUAAAAUUGAGUGAAUUACACUUAAAUUCUAUCCGAUUGAUUAGUGUUCAACUGGAAGGAUCACAAGCUAACUGGGAGAGGAUAUUUCAGCCAGUCAAAUAUAGUCUUGAACACUUAAGUCUGAUUAAUUGUCAAUUAGAAGCAAAUAUGUUUAUCAAGUCAUCUAAUAAUACCGCUACUAAUAAUAAUACAUUGAACAGAAAUGAUAUUUAUUUAAAUUUGGGCUUGAAUAAUUUGAAACAGUUGAAAAGUUUGAUACUUUCAGGCAAUUAUUUAGAAUAUAUACCACCGGGAUUAUUUCAAAGCCUUCAUCAAUUAGACAAUCUGAUAUUAACACAAAAUCAACUUUUAACAAUCCAUGAACCAAGAAUGAUACGGGAACAACACGAUGGAAAUGAUGAUAAAAGUGGCAACAGCAACAACAAGAACAACAACAGAAUGCAUCGACUACUCCGAUUGGAUUUAAGUCAUAAUAAUUUAAUCACAUUAGAAAGAUGUGCUUAUGCAUUAGGAUUUAGUAGACCAUUUGAAAGUAUCCUGCCAUUACAGCCUACAUGGUUAGCUGAGAAUGGUGAACAACAACAACAACAACGACAAGAACAGGAACAACAACACUAUGAGGAGUCGUCAGAAUACACAUCGAAUCAAAUCUAUUGGCGUGGUGGUUUAAACAUAAUUGGUAAUCCAUUUAUAUGUGAUUGUCGGUUGGCUUGGUUUCGUCAGUUUAUCGAUCAAAUGAGUAAAACACUGAUUGCACAGAAUGAAAAACAAUCAUUUGGUUUUAAAAGCUACCUGAAUGAAGCAAUCAAUUUUACGUGUUAUGGAGCGAAUCAACUCACUGGAAGAUAUUUCCUUACACUUACACCAAAUGACCUGUAUACCAUAGAUCAUGUAGACUGUCAAAGUCGACCAGAUAUCUAUGGUUAUGAUGUAAAGUCAUUAGAUAGUUUACAACCAUGCUGGAAGUUGAAUAGGACAUUUAGUCCACGCUUAGAACAAAUACUAGAGACAAAACAAGGCAUGUUGAUGCGAUCCAGAUUUCUCAGUGGAUCACAUUUCAAUCCAUCAGUUGUGCUAGAGAAUGCAACAGCUGUGUCGAAUGAAGCCAUGACAUUGAUUAUAAUCGCUGGAGUGGCUGCAUUAUGCUUUAUUAUAGUCAGUAUUAUUAUAAUUAUAUGGUUAUGUAUACGGUUGAAGCGGAAAACAGAGCAUCGGCCAACCACCACCAGCUUAUGGCAUAAACGAUUCUAUCGUGGACGAUUGAAUGAAGUUAGCUGUGGUGGCGCAUUUAAACGACUUCAUUCUCCGUGUUGUUCCCUAUCAAUGUGUGAUUUCAUUUCUUGUACGAAUUGUAAUCCUAAGAAAUGUACAAAGCAUUGUUCCCUAUGUAGUUGUACUGUUUAUCCAAAGCGUACUUCUAUAUCGACAAGUGAAACAGACAAUUUAAUGCGUGCAAAAUUACACCGAAGCGAAGACAAUAGUGUUAUGUCAACCGGUAUGCUGAGAAACCAUCAUGCUAACAACAAUGAUCGUUAUUAUUACGAUAAGGUGAAUAAAAACGGUGAUGGAGUAGUAAUUGAUUCAAUUUAUUCUGAUACAAAUGAUUUAGACACACAAGAAACUCAAUCAUUAAAUCGAUACACUGGUAGCAACAAUAAUAACAAUUAUAACAGUAGUCGUAGACGGCUAUUAUUACAUGAUCAGAGGAAUCGACGAUACAGACAGACAAAACAAUCUAAUAAUUUUGGAGACGAGACGAAAUUCAGUCCAUCGGUAAGGAAUACUAGUCAAAUCAGUAACACAGCUAAUUCUAACAUCAUCGAUUCCGCCAACUAUAGAACAAGUAAUAAGUAUACUUAUGAAAAACCUUUAUAUACUAGUGCAAGUGUUCAUACACUUCUCAAUGUAGACCAUGAACACCUGAUACAGCCAUUACAUCAACCGUCAUCAACUGAUCUGUUACCGCCAGUGCCACCACCAAGGAAGAGUAAAAGUAUCGGUGAUCUACUUCAGAAUACAAGAGUUGAGUCAGCAACAACAACAAUAGCAACAUCACCUAGAGCAACAACACCAUUGAAUUUACGAAGAAGUGCUAAGCAGUUAGCAAUGAGAAAGGUUGGAGAACAGUCAGUAGUUCAACAGUCAACAGAUAUACCAGUUCAUUUACUUAGACACUAUGAUACUAGGAGAAAACAUUCACCUGCAUACACUUCUAGUAUUCGUCGUAGUGUAUUACCUUGGAGAGAUAAGAGUGCUGAUAACAAUGAUAACAAUGGUGGUAGGUCUAUGUUUAUAAAUAAUCGACCAGAUAUAAAGAAUGUAUUUCGAAGAAACAGACUAGUAGUGUCAGCUAGACCUAGACUAGAAAAUACACAGGAAAAGAAUAAUGUAAACCUAAGAAACAAUUGGUUAUCAGCAAGUCGACGUAGACUACGUAAGACAUGUGAAUGGUUGAAACGUGAUAGACACUCGAAAACGCGAAACAGUAGUCAUUCAUCAAUACAAGAAGAAAAACAAUCGGUACUACAACCGGCAAGAAGUAAAGAUGAUAUAAAAUUCCUCGGACCCGAGUUACCAAAACCCUUUUUCUUACUACCUAAACAAGAAGUGGAAUAUGCAAUACCAGUUGUCGACUCAAAGCGCACAACACACACAGAUUACUUACCAAUGUCUCCUGGAUACUAUAGUGAUAAUCGACCAUUGGAGGGAAGAUCCAAUGAAGCUACAUCAUCGUCACCAAUUAAAAAGUCACCUAUAGAUGAGUAUGUUACCGACUUAAUACAUAUUCAAAAUAUGAAUUAUCCUAAUUUAAUCUUAUCAGAUACAAUUAAACUACCUCUACAACAACAGCUACCUAUCACUACAAUGAAACAAACAACUUCAGGUAUUAUCGACCCUAUAACCAUGACAACGACACCAACUACUAGUACUACUGCUACUACUACUACUGCUACCGUUCCUACAGCCAACACUUCACCUACCACAAGUAAUAAACCCAUCCGACCACCAAGACAUCAAAAGCUUCAAAUCGCAGGAGAUUUGUAUAGUAUUCAAACAUUUGCCAACAGCAACAAUAAUCUUACAACUGGAUUAGAAGUGAAUAAGAAUAAAAGGGCUGAAAAGUAUUUGCCAUUGCCACCACCGCCUCCUCCACCUCCAUUUAUGCUGAAUAGAACAGAACUGCUGAAAGUCAAUAAUAAUAAUAAUACUAGCACACUGAUAGGCAGUAGUAAGGCAAGUCAAGAUAAUUAUAAUUAUAAUAAUGAUAAUACCUCUGAAAUGAAUAAUGCAAAUUUAUCACUCUUUCCCCUACCCCCGUUGUUAUCCCCAAAACCGAGAAAUAUCAGUAUUAAACCGUUAAGGAGUGCAAAACUACCCCGACAACCACAAUCGUCAGCGACAACGACAGCAACAACAACAACAGCAGUGACGACAACUCAACCCAAAACUUCUAACUUCCCUACUGGUCAGUAUAAUCAGUCACUGAGGGGACCUCAAAGAGCUCAACAGCCUACAUACAAUAUUGAGGAUGAUAAUAAUAAUAAUACUAAAGGCACUGACCGUCAACAAGACAAUGUGUCUAAUACAAGAAAGAAUACAGGUUAAUGUGGAAUUUUCUUUCCCUGACAGUAGAGAAAAAGAAGUCACCGCAACAUAAACACUUAACAACACAACACACCCUUUGGAUACAUAUAGGAAAGCAACCUAGGAAACUUCGCUAAAAUCGAUUGCACAGGUGUUAGUCAUCAAUUAGAUGAAAAAUAGGAUGAUAUGCCAGUUGGUAAUUUCAAUUUGUUAUUCAAUGACCCCUUGUUUUUUAUUCCUUUAUCUCCCUCAACAUAGUUUUUAUUUUUCAAAAUGUUUUGAACAAAACUCUUUUCUAUGACAAUCUCUUAACACAUUAUGUAUAUAGAUAUUUGAACAAUUGAUGAGAAAUAUACUUUCACAAUCAGUUAUGCAGUGAGUGUGAUAUAUUCAAAUAAAAUGUUACAGAGUUUUGUAUAUAUAAAUAUACAAUUAAUUAAUCC